AUGGUAAUGGAGUCACAAACAGCAGCCCUAUUGAUCUUCUAUGUAGAUUUGUUCCUAGAGAUUAUAAUUGAUCUUCUAUGUAGCCCUGUUGAUCUUCUACUGCUUGCAGGUGGGCUGACAGCAGGAAUGUUAUCGCCUUGGUGGAGUAAAAUAACUGUUAGUGUCGAUGAAGCCAACUUGGAUUCGACUUCGUUUGACCUACGAGUGAAUAAAGAGAGUUUGUCGUUAUUUGGACCUUAUUGCUGCUGGGACAUUGGCAACCUGGCUACUGGAUCGUCGCCUUUCCCCUUCAGGGUAGCGUGUACUGCCGCAAAUCUUUCUUGUACUUCUUCUAGAACAACCCGAGGAAAAGGAGGAGAAGCUGAGGCCCUUGUCAAAUGGAAAAACAGCCUGGGUAAUCAAACUAAUUCUCUUUUUCUUGCCUCUUGGAAAAUGUUGCUUCCUCAAAGCUCUACCUCGACACGGUCUGCCAAUAAUUCUUCUUGCAAUCUUAAAAGAAGAAGCACAAGUCCCUGCCAUUGGGCCGGAGUUAAAUGUUACGAGUCAGGAAGUGUGGCCAAUAUAAAUCUUGCUAAUCAUAAUCUAAGAGGUACGCUCCAAAACUUUGACUUCUCAUCUUUUCCCAACAUAGAAUCCUUGGUGCUUUCUAACAAUUCGCUUUAUGGAACCAUCCCUCCCACCAUCAGUAACCUUUCUAAACUCAUUUACCUUGAUUUGAGUAGCAAUCAUUUCUAUGGAAAUAUUCCAUAUGAAAUUUGCCUGUUGACAAGCUUACGUGUAUUUUAUGUGGAUUUGAAUUAUUUCAAUGGCUCUAUACCACAUGAAAUAGGCAAGCUGGUGUACGUCGAAGAGUUUUUCGUCAAACGAAACAAUCUUUUGGGUUCAAUUCCAAGAUCCAUUGGAAACAUGAGCAAAUUAACUGCUCUAGUUCUAAGUGAAAAUAAAUUUUCUGGAUCCAUCCCUAGUGAAGUAGGGCAGCUUAAAUCACUCAACAGGCUUUACUUGGAUGAAAACCAGCUGUCCGGCUCAAUUCCUACGUCUAUUGGAAACUUGAGCAACUUAACUAUUUUAAACCUCGGUGAAAACAAAUUAUCGGGAUUCAUCCCUCGCGAAAUAGGACAACUCAAAUCCAUUACAACCUUUUGUUUGUAUGAAAACUAUCUCACAGGCUCAAUUCCUGAGUCGAUUGGAAACCUCAUAUUCCUCAUCGACUUAAAUUUGUCCUACAACAACAUCACAGGUUCCAUUCCACUUGGAAUGAACAAUUUCACGGAAUUGGAAUCGUUGCAAGUUGAUGAAAACUUUUUGUCUGGUAAUCUUCCAGAAAAUAUUUGUCUUGGUCAGAAGUUAACAUGGUUUACGGCAUCUAAUAACUACUUUACAGGUCCCAUCCCAAAAAGUGUGAGAAAUUGUACUACUUUAGUCACACUUUCUCUUGAAAAAAAUCAAUUAACAGGAAAUAUAUCAGAUGGGAUUGGAAUACACCGAAACUUAGACUAUAUGGACCUAAGCAACAACAAGUUCUUUGGUAAACUUACUAGAAACUGUGGAGAAUUGAGAAAACUUACUAAGUUGAACAUCUCCAACAAUAAAAUUUCUGGUAAGCUGCUUCCUGAACUUGGGAAAGCCACUCAAUUGCAUAUACUCGACCUCUCCAGCAAUCUUCUGUUUGGGAAUAUUCCCAAGGAAUUGGGAGGAAUAAGAACUUUAUUCAUCCUUAAACUCAACAAUAACAUGUUAUCUGGCAAAGUCCCGGCGGAAAUUGGAAUGUUAUCUAACCUUGAACAGCUUGACCUUGCAGCAAAUAAACUAAAUGGACCAAUUCCCAUAGAUUUUGGACAGUUUUCGAAACUAUUGCAAUUGAACUUGAGAGAUAACAAUCUCAAUGGGACUAUUCCUUUUCAUAUUGGGAAUUUGCAUACCCUAGAAAAUCUUGAUCUGAGUCAGAAUAUACUCACUGGAGAGCUGCCUGUGGAGCUUGGAAAUUUGCGCAUGUUAGAAACAUUCAACCUCUCUCAUAACAAGCUUUCUGGCUUAAUACCACUCACAUUCAAAGACAUGAUAAGCUUGAUAUUGGUUGACGUAUCUUACAAUUUGUUAGAAGGUCCUCUCCCUUAUGUCAAAGCCUUCACUGAGGCCCCAAAAGCAGCAUUGGAAAAUAAUAAAGGCUUGUGCGGCAACAACACCAGUUUGAAACCUUGCUCACUGCCUAGGAAAGAUAGCAAGAAAGUCAUAGUGUUGAUCAUAAUUCCGAUUUUUGGUACUCUAAGUCUAUUGUUUUUCAUUGGAGUACUUUUCAUUCGCCAAAAAAGGCAAAGGAACGUGGAUGAGCCCCAACAAACACAAACUAGAGUUUUCUUCGCAGCAUUGAGCCAUGAUGGGAGAAUGGUUCAUCAAGAAAUAGUUGAAGCCACAGAAAACUUUGACUCCAAAUACUGCAUUGGUGUUGGAGGAUAUGGAAGUGUUUAUAAAACAUUAUUGUCAACAGGUCAAUUAGUUGCAGUGAAAAAAUUCCAUGAGAAUGAUGGAGUAAUGGCAAGUGAAGAAGCUUUCACAAGCGAGAUUUCUGUGUUGACAACGGUAUGCCAUCGAAAUAUCAUUAAGCUUUAUGGAUUUUGUUCACAUACAAGACACUCAUUUUUGGUGUAUGAGUUCAUGGAAAGAGGAAGCUUAGUAAAGAUAUUGAGUGAUGAUGUUGAGGCAAAAGAGUUGGAGUGGAGUAAGAGAGUAAAUGUUGUCAAAGGUUUAGCCAAGGCGAUAUGCUAUUUGCACCAUGAAUGUUUUCCUGCAAUAGUGCACAGAGACAUAUCAAGCAAGAAUGUUUUGUUGGAUGCAGAAUAUGAAGCUCAUAUUUCUGACUUUGGUUCAGCUAGAGCUUUUGAUCCUGACUCAUCAAAUUGGCAUCCAUUUGCAGGAACCGUUGGAUACUCAGCUCCAGAGCUUGCUUACACGGCGAAAAUAAAUGAAAAGAGCGAUGUGUACAGCUUUGGAGUUAUAGCAUUGGAAGUGAUAAUGGGAAAACAUCCAGGAGAUCUGGUCUUGUCUUUGUCCACAUCACCAUUAACAGAAGUUCAUCAGAUUCUACUCAAGGAUGUACUGGAUCAACGUCUCUCACCUCCAAGAAGGCAACUAGCAGGCCAAGUGGCCAACACUGUAGAGCAAGCAUUUGGGUGUCUAAAUCCAAUCCCACAAUCUCGGCCCACUAUGAAGCAAGUGUCUGAGAAGCUAUCAACUUCAUCGGCACUAUCAUUAUCAAAGCCUUUUGACAUGCUUACGCUUAAGCAGCUGAUUGAUCUCACAACCUGCGCAUCCUCAGCAGCUUAA